AUGGCAGCGAAGCGUGGAGCGGCAGCAGCGUCUUCGACACAGCCGGCGCAGGCGUCCAUCGCCUCGCAAGCAGCGUCGCAAGCAGAGUCACAGGCAGAGUCGUCGACCCAGCCAGCCAAGCGUAGCAAGAGCACAGCGCCACGUAGAGCUUACAUAAGCCUAUCCGAGGGCGAGAAGACACGCGCAGUUGAAAGCGCUGCGAGGGCCAUCUUGUUUCGCUGCUGCUACCAGGGCAAAGCCGUCAAACGAACAGACGUUCUUCAGCUUCUUGGUCUCACCGGGGCCCGGGAGGCCUUCUUCAAGGGCGCAGGCAUCUUGAACGAACUGUUUGGGCUGAAGCUGACGUCGCUGCCUCUCCCCGACCAGCCAGACUCCAUGCCGUCGAUGGGCAUGAAGAAACCCACAGAGGAGAAGCCCACAGGCCUGUUUACCCUGGUCAACAGACUGCAGAGCGACAAGGUUCCAGCCAGUGCACACGCAGCUGGCGAGGGCAACGCCGCGUGCGCGUUGGUGCUGGAUGAAUCCACGCAGGCGCAGUGGGGGUUUCUCAUGACCAUCCUUGCCACCAUCUACGUCAACAAGCCCAAGCACGAAAUCUCCCAGAGCGAGUUGUGGAAGUUCCUUAGGGAACGGCUUGGCGUGGGCAACACCACACGGAUUGGCGGCGAGCGUGCUGACCGCCUCAUCGACACCGUCUUUGCCAGCGAACAGCGGUACUUGGUGCGGCUGCGAAUGCCCAACGCAAACCCGAACGAGCCAGUCACCUACUUCUAUCGAUGGGGGCCGCGGGCGCGUGUGGAGCUCUCAGAAUACAAGAUCCUGCAAUUCCUCGCAAAGAUAUACGGCCACGACUUUGCGGAGCUCGCGGAGCAGCUCAACUUGGACGUGGCUGAUGGGCAAGAAGGCGAUGGUGCUGAGGGAAGCGAAGAAGAAGAGGAAGACGAAGAAGGCGAUGAUGGCGACAAGGAACAAGAAGAAGCAGAGGAGGACAGUGCAGCAUCGCGCGGCCCGAGCUCGGCAUCAACGCGCAACAGCAGCAGUAAGAAGGGCAAGCGCCGCCAACAGCAGCGGCAACACGCAAAGGUGAAGGAGGAGGAGGAGGAGGAGGAACAACAGCAGUCGAACCGACGGCGAACAACACGUGCACGGCGUUCGCGUGGGCGCAAAUAA